UCUCCACCACAACCGUCUCUCGCCCAGUUGCUUGCUUGCUCCCCUCAUUAUUUCUUGUUUUCAUCUGUGUUCCACUACCAAGUGGUCUGCGCCCCAUGUAAUCCUCCUCAUGUUGUUCCGUUGGUUGUCCUUGUUACCCACCCGUGCGUCUGUGCGCGGUCACCACCUGUCACUGUUCUGGGCUUUUGUUCCUGCCCAUUGCCUCUUUGUUCACUUUCGCAUGCGCCAUGUAGCGGCAGCCGCAGUAGACGCGCGCCUAUCACCAUCAUCAAACCCAAGCUUGGCUCUCCAGACAACGUCUCAACGUGGUAUCCGCCCUCCGCUACCCUCCUCUCAUUCAACGAGCCAGAGGCUCCGCUUUGACGCGCCUUGUUUGUGGUUGCGCAUUUGGCGGACAGCGCAAAGGGUGGUCGGGUGGGGGAAUGUUUUUUGAACGGAAGAGCAGACACAGGUAGUAAUUGGAGCUGCCUCAUUUCUCACAUCCUUCCAUACACCCUAUACCUUUGUACUAUGCAGCCUGUUUAUAAUCCUUGCUUAUGAAAAUGUGGCCAACGUCAUACUUCUCCUUGCCCCUUGU